AUGAUUUUUUUUUUUUUAGUUUCUAAUGUUGAAUAUAUCAUACAGGAGGCUGUGGAUUCUAUUGGGGAUAGCUUCACACCCGAUUGCACAUCUAAAGAUUGUUCAAAGACUUCGUCUGCGGAAUUGAAGCGUAACCUUGCGGACGUUUAUGAAGUUGAAGAAACCACGUCUCUAUCAUCAACGAAGGUUAAAAAGACUGGUGACGCAGAUGUCGCAAUUGAUGGUGAGGAAACCAUCAUGCUGGUUCCAAAGGAUAUGCCUAAACGUGCAAAGCCUCAAACGUUACCUUCAUUUCCACUUCCUACUGCUGCCCAACUUUCGAAUAUUGCUCCUAAUGAUGUUGAUCAUCAACAAUCAGCUGAACGAAGAAAAUUUAGGAAGUCACAUUUAGAUAAUAAAAGAAGUAAUGUGAAUAACAAAUCUUCCACUUCAAAAAAUGUUACGCGGUCAUCCAACGUUACAACCUCCACUACAAUUGGAUGCCCGAUCGUAACACCAAUUCGUUCAUCGUCUUAUAUGAAUACCAUCGAUCGACGUUUUUGGCCAACCACACCUUCAACAAGUCCGUAUGAAGCAUCUACUUCAGGUGUCAAAGACAAUGUGAAUAUUUAUAUGAGUCCAUGUUUUACAUUCCAAAUAAAUAGAACUUCAUCAACUCCACAUUCAAUAAAUCAACCUUCGCUCUCAAGUGAAAGAUCAAAUUUUAAGACGAUACAUAGAGGUAAAGAAAGGUUGUCUAAUAAAGGUCGCUGCGUAUAUCCUAUUCCAAUGGUUGACUUAUCUUCCAACGAUCCUAUUAUUCCUCAACAAUUAGCUGAAGAUCCAUAUAAAGGAAUUUCUAAUAAUUAUUUGGAUCAUGGAGAUCAAGUAGUUGUAUGUGGCGUAUGUAACGCUAAGCUGUGGAAAUUUGAAGCCGGAAAAGGAAGGGUUUACUUAGGAAGAACAAGUUACACGCUUUGUUAUGGUUAUGGAAAAGUACAUCUUCCAGAUUUUAAAGAGACGUGUGAGGAAUAUCAUAAUCUUUUCAAGAGUUUAGACGCAAAAAGCAAGCAUUUCUUACUGAAUAUUCGUCGUUUUAAUUCUAUGUUUGCCUUCACUUCAAUGGGUGGUAAAGUUGAUUCAAAAAUAAAUAGAGGAAAUGCUCCGUAUGUAUACCGAAUUAGUGGCGAGAAUUAUCAUUCAUUGGGAAGUCUUCUUCCUAAAGAAGGUGAUGAACCAAAAUUUAAGCAGCUUUACAUUUACGACACAGAUAAUGAAGUAUGUAAUCGGAAAACCGUACUUAGUAACUUAAAGAAAGCAGCUUCUGCAACUUCUAAUUUGCUUGACACUGAACUCAUACAGUGUCUUAAGGUGGUUUUAGAUUCAAAUAAUCAGCUGGUGAAACUUAUAGGCGUGUACGAUGGUCGUACAUACAACCUACCAACAUCGUCCGAAGUUGCUGCGCUUAUAGUUGGAGACAUUGAAGAUGCUCUUGAUAAUCGUGAUGUAGUUGUUGAGUCAAAGAAAGAUGGUCUACAGCGUAUUAGCGAGCUUCAUCCAUCGUAUCUCGCUCUUCAGUGUCCACUGCUUUUCCCUUUUGGUAAAGAUGGUUACCGAAUUGAUAUUCUUCAUAGAGAAUGA